CCGAAUAUGAGGAAUCUGUCGGGCUCGGUAAUCGGGCCGACUAUUAAUCCACCUUGACUUUCAUCAUUUAUGACUCCGACCAUGGCCAGCGAUCCGUCUCUGUACCUAGAUUAUACCUCCUUUGACCCCGUGGAUAUUACACUCCUACUCCUCCUGCGAAGUGUCAUACCAUUGUACUAUGAGCUAUUCUUCACACUAUCUACCACCAACCCAGGCUACAGUUUGAACUCUUGUUGGAUAUAGGUAGGAUACACCUAUUCCUUAGGUCCGGCGCUCGCCUAGUCUGUCAGCACACAUUCAGUUAACGCACCACUGCCUAACACAGUACAUAACUUGCAUUGCAUUGGCGGACAUAGCAACAUGAAGACUGAAGAUGGGGACACAGUCACACUCCUAGUCACUAGUGUAGUUAACAGGGUUAAACAGUUCAUAGAGGGAGCUGUGAUUAUGUCUAUGACUCUCUUUAUCACUGAUGCUUUUGAAGGGAUCUUGUUUAUGCAGGUUGAUCAUCAUUCCAUGCUUCAUUAUGUGAUAUUCAUGUUGUUUUAUAUGUCUAUUUCUUUCUUGUACUACAAGUACAAGCCAAUGUAGAUAUAUCUGUCACGGGCUCGGAAUAGUAGAUAUUAACGAACUGAAUUCCUAUCUAAACUAUUGUAGCCAUCGACGAGAAUAUCGAAU